UAAAUUAAACGACCCAACGAUCAGCAUUGGAUGGCUUAAGUUCGAUGAAAAAGCAACCUUCCGGUGAAUACUCACACUUUUUAAUGCUAUUUAUAGGGAAACUACCAACGACAAAUGGCAUUGCCCAAUAUACGUCCACUACCGGAGCACCUACAAAAGGUGGCGAUCGAGGAGUUGAAUGAGAAACCUGAGCGAUUAGCGGAGGAUCUGCAGGCGUUGAAGAGCUGGGCCGCGAAGGAGCCACAUUUGAAUGUGCGACUCAACGAUCAGCUCCUGGUAGGAUUCUUACGUGGCUGUAAGUUCAGCUUAGAGAAGGCAAAGUCAAAGCUCGAUUGGUUUUAUACGUUGAAGACCAAGUAUCCAGAUUUUUACACCAUUCCCGAUGUGACCGAUCCGAGUGUGGAGGAGCGCUUGAGAUUUGGUUCGGGUUCAUUGUUGCCCACACCCCUACAUGAGACCGGUCCGCGCAUAAUGUUCAUACGCGCCGGCAAUUACCCAGCCGAUAAAUAUACCUUCAAAGAAAUAAUGGCAGUGGCGCAUGCGCUACAAGAAUUGUGGGUGCUCGAAGAUGACUAUGCGACUGUGAAUGGUUUUAUUGAUGUACUGGAUAUAUCCCGGCUAACGGCGGCACAUUUUGCACAGCAUUCGCCGAGUGUUGUGAAAAAAAUGCUAGUUUUUGCCGAGAAAGGUCUGCCCUUGCGGCAACGUGCCACUCACUUCAUUAACAUACCGGCGGGUUUCGACAAAGUAUUCAAUAUCUUGAAGCCGCUAAUGCCAGCCAAGCAGCAGGAGCGUCUUUAUUUGCAUGGCAACAAUUUGGAGUCACUGUACGCACAUAUCCCCCAAAAAUAUUUGCCCAAAGAGUAUGGCGGUGAAAAUGGUUCUAUUGAAGAGAUUACAGAAGCCUCAACGAAAUUUUUCCUGGAUAGACGUGAUUAUUUCGUGGAAGAUCAAAAAUAUCGAAACAAUGAAAAAUUGCGUGUCGGCAAGCAGCCGGACUUUGACAGCAUAUUUGGCAUGGAAGGCUCAUUUCGAAAACUGGAUGUGGAUUAGGCAAAGGAAAACUACAGGCGCUGAAGGGAAGAGGGCGAAGGGUGCUUUUAUCUUUUUUUGUAAUUAUUUUUUUCGGGUUUAAUAUUGGAAAUACAUUGCAUUAAAGACAAGUAAAGAUUA